CCGAGUCCGUUCGUAUACCGUCCCUUCACAAAGUACAUGGCACCGCAUCAGCCAUGCGCUAAAUAUCAGUACGUACUUACAUCGUCCACUCCGAAGAUCGUUCCGGUCACAGACCAGGAACUCAAGGAUGAAGAAUCACCAGCUGACUACAACGCUGGCGGGUAUAUGGUCAUCAAGAUCGAUGAUACAUUCAAAGACGGUCGGUAUAUCGUAGCACGCAAGUUAGGCUGGGGCCAUUUUUCAACUGUCUGGCUCGUCAAGGAUACUCACGAGAACCGUUACUCUGCUCUCAAAGUGGUCAAGUCUGCUACGCGUUAUGCUGAGACUGCACGCGACGAAAUAAAACUCUUGUCUCAGGUAGCUGCUGCAAAUCCACACCAUGCUGGUCGACCACAUGUUGUCUCGUUCCUCGAUUCUUUUCAACAUCGCACUCCUCAGGACACUCACGUGUGCAUUGUCUUUGAGCCCCUCGGAGAGACGCUUCUCGCAUUAAUUCAACGCAACAAGAAGAAGGGUGUUCCAAAACCCCUCGUCAAGGUCAUCGCGAAGCAAGUGCUUCUCGGCCUUCAGUAUCUUCACGAUGAAUGCGAUCUCGUUCACACUGACAUUAAACCUGAGAACAUUCUCAUUUCCAUACCAGAUGUCGAAGCUCGUAUCCAUGCUGAAUUGUCUAUUUCGCCAAAGCCAACGUCGCAUCACGUGGGCGUUCCUCAGCCCACCAAAUCCCGUUCUGGCUUAACCAUUCCUUAUCGACAUGCCCCUGCAUACGAGAGACGCGUACAAAUAUUUGAUUCACAGCCACUAUCAAGUCCAUCAUCGAGAUCUGGAAGUAUGAGCGCUAACGCGAGUAGCCAUAGCUUCCAAAAGCAACUUUCUGGGACAACUCCGAUCAGUGGCGCACCCAUCAGCCAGUUGCUUAGGAAGUCUGCUAGAGCGGACCCUACUAUCAUCCUUCAUGACUCACCAGUAAUACCUUCCAGUAGCCCGUCGACUUCGUCUAUCAUCUCCUCCACGCUAUCCACGCCAGCGGCUUCUAACAGUACUGUUAGCACACCUCCUACCUCGGUGGGAAGUGCAGACAUACCCAUCCUGACGAAAAUGGCCUCGCUUACGCUCAUGAGUGCUUCGCCGGAUGUCACAUUGCGUCUAAAUACGGAAAGUGUCAUGGUCUCCGCGCAACACGUAUCUACAUCUCCCCUCAUCCAAUCACAUUCUUCGGAUAUUCACCACAUCACUCCCGGGCCGUCGCUUCUGACCCAAACUGCUCCGCAUCAGUCUUCCGGGCCGUCUCUCAACCGAACUCCGUCGCCUCCUUCAGGGGUGCCCGUUUUAGGACCGCCAUCAACGCCGCUUUCUACACCGCUUUCUACGCCGCUUUCUAUCAAGAUUGCCGAUCUAGGCAAUGCGACACCUUCUAAGCAGCAUUUUACAGAGGACAUUCAGACACGACAGUAUCGCGCUCCGGAGGCUAUCCUUGGACGACGUGAUUGGGGCACAAGAGCUGACGUUUGGAGCGUUGCUUGUGUCGUUUUCGAGUUGUUGACUGCGGAAUAUCUGUUUGACCCUCAUGGACAAGGCGAGAUGUUCACGAAGGACGAUGACCACAUGGCGCAGAUAAUUGAAUUACUGGGUGAUUUCCCAUUAGAUGCGAAGAUGGGAGGAAGGUAUAGUCGUGAAAUAUUCGAUCACGCAGGGGCGCUUCGUUACAUCAAAACGUUGAAGCCGUGGCCUCUGAAUCGUGUCAUGACAGAGAAAUACCUUUUCUCUGUCUCGGAAGCGGAUGAUUUAUGCUCCUUCCUUGAACCCAUGCUUGCAGUCGAUCAAAGGGAACGCAAAGAGGUUCGCGAUAUAGUUGACCAUUAUUGGCUAGAUGUGAAGGACGAAGAGUGGGUAGGCGUUGACAGUUGGUAAUGAACCUCAUAUUUUGCUUGUGUUGGUGCUGUCGUUUUAUGGGGUUUAUGUGUCUUGGGCUAUCUGAAUUAUACACCUCGCUUUGACUUUUCUUUCACCCUACUUCAACGGUAUUUAUUCCUUAUGGCUGCAUGGUAUAUCUAUAUCACAAUGACUGUUCACGAUUUAGAUUCAGCCACCCCUUCAUUUUACACUUUUUUUGCCGUCCAUACGAUGGUACAUGUAUUGCACUUUCUCAAGCCAUAGAUAUUAAUACAAGGUCUUCCAUGCUCA